AAAUGGUAAUAUAAUCAGCCCUUUGGUUAAUACUCACUGAUCUUCAGCCUGUUUUGCACCUGUGGUUUGUCUUUCUUUUGACAGAGAAGGCUAUGCAAAAGGGGAGGGGGGGGAUUAGGUAGUGGAUGAGAAUUAAAUUAUUUCAUUCUCAUGUGAAUGGGAGGAGCCCUUUAUUCCACUCUCUGAGGAGCUCCUUUAUAAGUAAUUACUACCCUGAACAGCCACAGAGCAGUUUGGUUAGCAGGCAGACAACAUGGCUGAUAACUCUAAAUUUAUUGACUACAUUGAUGAAGCUUUGGAAAAAUCAAAAGAAAUGGCACUUUCUCGCUUACUUUUUACCCAUCAGGGGAUUCCUUACCCAGUCACCAUGUGCACCUCAGAAACUUUCCAAGCCUUGGAUACCUUUGAAGCCAGGAGCGAUGACAUAGUGCUAGCAUCUUAUCCAAAGUGUGGUUCAAAUUGGCUUCUCCAUAUUGUUAGUGAAUUAAUAUUUGCUGUUUCAAAAAUUAAGUAUAACUAUCCAGAAUUCCCAGUUCUUGAAUGUGGAGACCCAGAAAAAUAUCAGAGAAUGAAACAGUUUUCAUCACCAAGGAUUCUGGCAACUCAUCUCCAUUAUGACAAACUACCUGGAUCCAUCUUCGAGAAUAAUGCCAAGAUAUUGGUGUUAUUUCGAAACCCUAAAGAUACUGCAGUAUCUUUUUUCCAUUUUCACAAUGAUGUGCCUGAUAUUCCAAGCUACGGCUCUUGGGAUGAAUUCUUCAGACAGUUCAUGAAAGGACAAGUUUCUUGGGGAAGCUAUUUUGAUUUUGCAAUUAAUUGGAACAAACAUAUCGAUGAUGCAAAUGUUAAGUUCAUAUUAUAUGAAGACCUGAAAGAGAAUUUGACCUCUGGAGUAAAACAAAUUGCUGAGUUCCUUGGGUUCUCUCUAACUGAGGAGCAAAUUGAAACUAUCUCCACCCGGAGCACCUUCCAAGCAAUGCGAGCAAAGUCUCAGGAAACACACGGUGCUGUCGGCCGGUUCCUGUUCCGCAAAGGUGAAGUUGGAGAUUGGAAAAAUUUGUUCCGUGAAACUCAGAGCCAGGCAAUGGAUGAAAAAUUCCAAGAGUGCUUAGCAGGCACCUCUCUAGGAGCCAAGCUGAAGUAUGUUUCCUAUUGCCAGGCUUAAGCCUGGUCACAUCAGCAGGCCGUAGUAUUUUCUUACUUAUUAAAUCAUAGUUCAAUAAAAUUAUUAAGUAAUGAUAAUUAAAUAAUUAAGUAACAUUUAAUCUAAACAAUACCAAUAUGAUAAACUCUGAAAUUUUUAAGCACAAAUUUAAGUUUGUUCACUUCUUCAGCAGAGCCCUGGUGGCGAAGUGGUUAAGCCCUUGGCUGUUAACAGAA